AUGCUGGAAAAGGAAUGCUGCCUCGUGGCCGGCGGGCGGUCGUGGGAAGUCGGUUUCCACCUGGCGGCCUUUGUGGAGAGACUUCGGGGGAGCAAUGCGUCUCUGGCCCGGGGGCUCUACGAUUGCAUGGGUGACCCGAAUGAUUCCAUCGGAGAGAUCCUCUAUGGCAUCUUCUGCGGUCCGGCGGUCUGUGAGGACUUUGAGAUCGCCCCUCUCGCCAUGGAGAGGCUCCUGGGGAACUUCUGCAAUUUGCAGCUGCCCGAGCCUCCAGCAAACGAGGAAGUGUCGGCCGAUGAGCUGUCGAGCUGGAAAUACGUUUCCUUGGACUUCGUGGUCGCCGGGAACGCCCGCUGUGGCACCCAAUCGGUCCUGAACAACCUGUACCAGCACCCUUCCUUGGACUUCACCAGUGGGAAGUCCAACGAAGACUACUCUUUGUUUAGCCAGGGCCAGAUGUCUAAAUUCGUACCAACUAAGAAGCUGCUUGAAACACACCGCAAGAGCUACAGUGGCAAAGGCCACGACACCCAGCUGCUCGGCCUGAACAACCCCGGAAUCGCAACCUACCCUUUGUCCUACUAUGCCCUCUACCUCAUGAAGAAGGUGAAGAUGAUCGUGGUGGUUUGCGAUCCUCUGCGACGUUUGGAGAAGCUCUUCAUGUACCAGCACUACUGCCACGAGAACUUCGAUGAGGCCGUCCGGCGCUUCGAUGCAGUCCCAAGGCACCUGAACCACCGAAAGGACUGCGACCCAAGCACCCGGGCGCUGAUCGGGGUCAGGCGCAUGUGGGCCAAGGCCCAGGCCUUCGGACCCCACCUGGAGGAGCUGAUCAAACUCUUGGGCCACGAGCGGCUCUUCAUCGUCCACCAGGCAUCCUUGAGAAAGAAGCCUGGGCAGACUUAUGGCCGGGUGGCCACCUGGCUAGGUGCGACGGAGCCGUUUCCAGGGAAAAUGAUCUUCAAGCGCUACAACUUCCGGCGGGGACACCGAACGGAUUUGUGCAAGAAUUCCACGCUCCAGAAUGUUCUGAAAGCGAUGCUGGCUUCGGAGUACGCCUCGAUUCAGCUCGCUAUCCAGUGGCAAGAGCAGACAUUCCUUCAGCCAGAGGCAUUGCUGGAGUUGAGAAGCAAGCAGUCGCGCUGCGACAUGUCGGAGGAGCUCGUGGAAGGACCCUGCGGCCUGUCGGAUGACGACCAGUCGGGCUGCCCACAACUUGACGUGGCCGGCGCUGCCUGA